AUGUGUCAACAGUUUCUCUCUUCCUCACCAGACCCCGGGCUCCUCCUCCUCCUCCUCCCUCCUCCUCCUCCUCCUCCUCCUCCUCCUCCUCCUUGUGAACCCUCCCAUCUCUCGCUCUCGCAGUUGGGUUUCUGCGCUCAGCAUAGGACCGCGGACACAGCUGAACUCUCUGGCGCAGACAAAGAGGAUUCAAUGAAAAUGUCUGUGUGUGUUCAUGAGAACCGCAAAUCGCGGACCAGCACCGGCUCCAUGAACAUCUACCUGUUCCACAAGUCGUCUUACGCUGACAGUGUCCUCAUGCACCUCAACUCGCUCCGGCAGCAGCGACUCUUCACCGACGUCCUGCUCCACGCUGGCACCCGCUCCUUCCCCUGUCACCGCGCCGUGCUAGCUGCCUGUAGCCGCUACUUUGAGGCUAUGUUCAGUGGGGGUCUUCGAGAAAGCCAGGCCAGCGAGGUGGACUUCCAUGACUCCAUCCACCCAGAGGUGCUUGAACUCUUGCUGGACUACGCCUACUCUUCCCGGGUCGUGAUCAACGAGGAGAAUGCAGAGUCUUUGCUUGAAGCUGGAGACAUGCUGGAGUUUCAAGACAUCCGCGACGCAUGUGCAGAGUUCCUUGAAAGAAAUCUUCAUCCAUCGAAUUGCUUGGGUAUGCUGUUGCUCUCGGACGCCCACCAGUGCACCAAGCUGUCUGAACUGUCCUGGGGCAUGUGUCUCAGCAACUUCCCUGCCAUCUGCAAGACCGAGGACUUCCUCCAACUCCCCAAAGACAUGGUUGUUCAGCUUUUGUCCCACGAGGAGCUGGAGACAGAGGAUGAGAGACUAGUUUACGAAGCUGCCAUGAACUGGGUCAACUAUGACUUAGAAAAACGGCACUGCCACCUUCCAGAGCUCCUGAAAACAGUAAGACUAGCUUUGCUGCCUGCUAUUUUUCUUAUGGAGAACGUUUCCACAGAGGAAUUGAUCAAUGCCCAGGCAAAGAGCAAAGAACUGGUGGAUGAGGCCAUACGUUGUAAACUGAAGAUUCUACAAAACGAUGGCGUUGUCAAUAGCCCUUGUGCACGACCCAGAAAAACUAGCCAUGCAUUGUUUCUGUUAGGAGGGCAGACUUUUAUGUGCGAUAAGUUAUACCUUGUAGACCAGAAAGCCAAAGAGAUAAUCCCAAAGGCAGAUAUUCCGAGCCCAAGAAAAGAGUUCAGUGCUUGCGCCAUUGGUUGCAAGGUGUACAUAACGGGUGGAAGAGGCUCAGAGAAUGGCGUUUCCAAAGACGUGUGGGUUUACGAUACCGUUCACGAAGAAUGGUCUAAAGCAGCACCCAUGCUCAUCGCCAGGUUUGGUCACGGUUCUGCGGAGCUCAAACACUGCCUUUACGUGGUAGGAGGCCACACGGCAGCCACCGGUUGUCUCCCCGCCUCGCCGUCUGUGUCUCUCAAACAAGUGGAACAGUACGAUCCGGUAGCAAACAAGUGGACUAUGGUCGCCCCGCUUAGAGAGGGGGUUAGCAACGCCGCGGUGGUCAGCGUGAAGCUCAAGCUCUUUGCCUUUGGUGGCACUAGCGUUACUCACGACAAGCUUCCCAAAGUGCAGUGCUAUGACCCCCAGGAGAACCGGUGGACUGUCCCAGCGUCCUGCCCCCAGCCGUGGCGUUACACAGCCGCCGCCGUGUUAGGAAAUCAGAUUUUCGUGAUGGGAGGCGACACCGAGUUCUCUGCCUGUUCUGCGUACAAGUUCAGCUGCGAGAGUUACCAGUGGACUAAAGUAGGCGACGUGACGGCAAAGCGAAUGAGUUGCCAGGCUGUUGCGUCCGGGAACAAACUCUACCAUAACGACGGUGCCAUACUCGCUCAUUCCGACGGCUUUUGUCAGCACCUGGAAACAUCUGCCAGCUUAAACGACGAGCUGGGUUUUAAUGAGUUUCCUCUUUGA